AAUAAGCUCCUGCUCGUCUCACUUGCACUCUUCCCCUUCUCUCAGAUCCGGAAACUUGGGGAGACUGGUAGUUGGCUGUUGGGAUCGGUCCAUCCAUCUCAGUGGCAGUCUGGUAAUGGGCCUCCUCGACAAGCUGUGGGACGACACCGUCGCGGGGCCCCAACCGGACACCGGUCUCGGCCGCCUCCGCAAACUCGCCGCCCGCCCCGCCGCCGUCAAGAUCAACGAUGUGGCUCCUGGCGCCGCGACGGUGAUCCCACCUACCACGACGGCCGGCGGCGAGGAUGCGCCGAUGAAAGUCACGCGCAGCAUCAUGAUUAAGCGGCCGGCGGGGUACCCCUCGUCGCCGAGGAGCGCGGCCAGCACGCCGCCAGCCUCGCCGCUAGGAACCACGCCGCCCAUCUCCCCGUUCGCCGGCGGCGGUGGUCGGUUCAGAAGGAAAUCAUCCUCGGAUGCGUACGAGAGGGCUACACCACCUGGGGCGUCGACCAGUCACCCUCCUCCACCCUUUGAAGUGUGACUGCCCAGCGCGCUCAUGCUCGUUUUUGCUCCUCGGCCCGCUCUACUUAAUGCAAGCCCGAGGAGGAAGAGAGGACGUAUCAGAGAAAUCUGAGAAACGCCAAGGGUCUGCCUUUCCUCUACUGUGAUAGUAUAAUAUAGAUGAAUGUGUAGUGUUCUGUUUUUACUAUAUAUGCAGUGCACGCGUGUAUGGUUAUGUAUGUGUAGAGAAGGUGUUGAAAGUUGCUGCUGCUGUGCUGUGCUGUGCUGUGUUAGUAUGUACUUGCUGUGUUAGUAUGUACUUAGGUCGUCACCCCUGGGCUGGCACGCAGCUCCUCGUUUGUGUUUUGUCUACUAUGUUGUGGAGGCCUCGUCCUUCCAUCACGUUCGUGUGUGCUGCGGAUGGAAGCUGUAAUGUUAAGUAGGGGGAUGAGAUACGGUGUACGUAGUACGUGUAAUUUUGCUUGAUGGUGUUAUCUCGAGUAGUUCUCGGUGUUUGCUUGAA